AUGAUUAGAUUCGAUAAAUUGGAUGAGCUAUUCGUAGACUAUAACGAGUUGAUUAAAAAAACAGCAGAACUGGAUCCUCGUAAAGAAUCGGAACAAGUGCAUGUGAUCAGCAUUGAUGCCACCGAUUCGUCAGUUACUGGCUACGGAUGUCGACAUUUUGUUGGUUUGAAGCACCUUCAAGAGGUGCGUUUCAUUCGAUGUAAUAAUUUGCACGAUUACGGUCUUGAAUAUAUGGGCGACGCAGUCGGCACAAUACUGAAAUCGUUGCAUAUUGAAAGUUGCAAACGGAUCACAGAAUUUGGUCUUGAGAAUCUUGUGAAGUUCAGCGGCCUUAAAUCACUGACGCUCCAAGAUCUGAAGCGAGUGCAUGAUGCGAAUGGUGUUUUACGGAUGUUGACGAAGUCUUUACCGCACUGUGAUAUUCGAUAUACUGAAGCAAAACUCAUCGGAUCAUAA